AUGAUCGACGACGAGAGAGUCGACACUGGAAUGUCAUUCCAGCACCACACCGAUCACAACAACCAUUUCCAAUCAAUCACCAAAUCUCAUCCUCAAUCUUCAACAUCUGAACUAUUCCCAUUGGAAACCAAGCCGAUCAGUUCCAGCUCUAUAACAGGCUCAAGUGCCAAAACACUGCCCAGCCUUAGCCUCAAUCUCAGCAAUAUCAACAACAUCAACAGCAACGGCAACAAGAGUCUUGGUCAGUUCACGCUUCCUUCUCCCACACCAUCACCAAAGCACCUACCUUCACUCCCAAUCGUUCUCUCUGACUUGAAGACAAUUGGACAGACAUCAGCUGCAACAACACCAACUUCAACUACAAUGUCAACAAUUUCCACUACAACCCCAGCACAACAUGCCACAACACAACCAGUGAAGAUUAUUCCCUCGGCAACGGUACUACCAACCCAAUCAUCAGCGCCCACCAUGAGUCUGCCGCCACCUACAAGCACAACCGGGGACAAGACCAUCAAGACCCAGUUGGACAAGCCAAAGCGCCCCAAGACAGAGAAGGUGUCCUCGUCCUCAUCAACAAGAGUGUGCGAGUUUUGUAAAUGUAAUACAACACCAACAUGGAGAAGAGGUCCCUCUGGUAAAGGCUCUCUGUGUAAUGCCUGUGGAAUCAAGUGGAGGCUAAAGGGAAAGGACUCGUUGGUCAAGAAGCCAAAGCUAGACCUCCUUGGUGCCAAACAGGGAGUGAAUCCUCUUGGCCAGAAGAUUCAUUCACAACAGUCAUCAUUCCCAUCCAUGAAGUCCGCCACAAAGAUUCUACCCUCAUCAUCAUCAUCCUCCUCAGCCAACUUCAACUUCCCACUUCAUUCACUUUCCUCCAACAACAACAACUCAAGCACCAUCUCCCAUUUCCCAUCCAAACCAUCACCCACUGCACCUUUCACAUCAUCGUCGUACUACCCAAGUGGUGCACCAUCAAUCAACCGUCUGCAUCAGGAGCAGAAGCAGUUCCAGCAACAACAACUGCAACACUCUAUGCAGCACCUGCACCAGCAGCAGAUGUUCCACCAACAGCUGCCGUCCAUGAGUCGCAGCUCCAGCUCAAGCGAGCUGUCCGUCCCCUGCCGUUCACCAGAGUUGCAGGCACCACUCAAGAAGAGGACUCUGACCCUCACUGAGUUUGCCGACAAUGCACUCCUUCCCUUUGACUCUGACAAGGGAUACUUUUGUAAAUAUUGUAAAAAGACAUGGCCACAAUCAUCCUUCAAGAACAGCCAGCAAUUCGGCGCACAUUGCAGCAACUGUUCCAGAAAGCCAAGAGGCGAGAUCGAAGCCUUGAUGUCCCUCAAGAAACUCACAAAGAGUGGAAGAGUAUUGGAAGACGACGGAGCCGUACCUCUAUGGGACACCAACAGCAACAGCAGCAGCAGCAGCAGUCAGAACCCACUGCUAGUCAGGCUCCUAUCCAUCGUUGAGAACCAGCUGCUAGAGCCCGAGGAACUAUCAUCGAUCAAGGAAGAGAUCAACGGACUAAAGUCUGAUAUGUUGGAGAAGAAGAAGAGAAGAAUCGACCAGUUGGAGUCCAACAAGAACAACAUCAACAAGGAGCUGAACGAGAUGCGUGCCAAGAUCAACGAGUACAUCACGAGCAAUGAGCACACCAAGAGAGACUAUAUCGACACCAUCAAGAAGGAGUAUGACGACCGAGUGCACGACUCUGACACCCAAUUCGGCGAGUCGCCAUCGCACACCGUGCCAGCGACCAAGCACCACCUCACUCCGACCACAAAGCUCCCCAUGAGUCCAGAGAUCAUUGACUCACCAACCAACAAGAGACCCAAGUACUAUGUCGAUGGCCAAGGCACACGUCAUCACAUUGACAUGAGAGAUAUUCCAACUACGACUUUAGAAUAA